AUGAGGCAACUUGAAGGGUUUGUAAAGGAGGGAAAAGAGCAUAUGGUUUUCAAACUUGACAAGGUGAUUUAUGGACUAAAGAAAACAAGCAUGAGGUGGUAUUUAAAAUUCCAUCAAACUGUCUCAUCCUAUGGUUUUGAAGAGAACAUAGCAGAUCAAUGCAUUUAUCUGAAGAAGUGUGAGAGCCUAUUUAUUUUUCUAAUGUUGUAUGUCGAUGAUAUACUUUUGGCUAUAAAUGAUCACAAUUUAUUGAAGGACACUACAGAGCUACUUUCAAACAAUUUUGAGAUGAAGGAUUUGGGAGAAGCUGCUUUUGUGUUAGGCAUUGAAAUUCAAAGAGACCGAGCUCAAGGUCUCUUAGGCUUGUUGCAAAAAAAUACAUUGAAAGGGUACUCAAAUAUUUUGACAUGA